GUUGACUGUGCUCCAUUAUUACUAAUCCAUUUUCGAUCUUGUUUGCUGCUGUGAAGUUUUGAAUUUUGUAGAGAAAUAUGUCUGGACGCGGUAAAGGAGGUAAAGGUCUCGGAAAGGGAGGCGCUAAACGUCAUCGUAAAGUUCUCCGCGAUAACAUCCAAGGUAUCACCAAACCCGCCAUUCGUCGUUUGGCUCGUCGUGGUGGUGUAAAACGUAUCUCUGGUUUGAUCUACGAAGAAACUAGAGGUGUAUUGAAGGUGUUCUUGGAGAACGUCAUCCGUGAUGCCGUAACCUACACCGAACAUGCUAAAAGGAAGACCGUUACUGCUAUGGACGUUGUUUAUGCUCUGAAACGUCAAGGAAGAACCCUCUACGGUUUUGGUGGUUAAAAAAUGUCAACCGGAUACAAAAGGCCCUUUUCAGGGCCAAGACCUUCUGAUAAAGGGUUGUCGAUCGUAUUUUAUACUUCUUAAGUUAAGUAGAUAUGACGAAGUCCUGAUACUCAGGAAAACCUAAAAGGGUUAAAUAUUUACCUCAUCAGGUAACUUUUAAAUCAACAUAUUUUAUAUAAAAGGAGAGAUCGGAUGCGUAUGAUUUUUAAACGUAAUUGUUUUUUUCGUUUUAUAAUAAAAGUUGUACAGUGUUUUUUGUGUAUUCAAAUGUUUCUUAAUAAAUGAGCUUAAUAAAAUCUA